UUAGGGUAUUGUUUAAAGACCAUAGAAAUCUCAAAUUGUGGCUCAGUGUGCCUCGUGAGAGGGGCUGCUGAGCUGCACAGUGGGAAGAGAGGGACAGAGGAGGCAGCCUGAAAAGGAAGCACGACUCGCUUAUCGCGUCAUUCUGGGUAUAGGCGUUUAGCAGGAAACAGCCUUUCCUCUCGGAUUGUCGCAGUAGGAACAAACACACAAUUUUGUCUUUGCUCAAUGCACCCCUCGGCACAGAACACGCGGAAGCCGGUCAGAAGGAAAAAUGCCUCCUUCGAUAGAGAUAGCUGUUCUGCUCCUCGGCGUCUUGGCUUUGGAGACGCGCCGGAGUGCCAGCGCGCUGCACAUCCAACAGGCAUUCGAGUCCACAAAUCAGACUAAUAACUUCGUGGUGGACCCGGUGUCCAGAAAGGUCUAUCUGGCCACCGUCAACACAGUCUACCAGCUGAACGGGACCUUGAGCGUCGAGGUGGAGAAGAGGACCGGGCCGGUGGAGGACAACCUGUUGUGCCAUGCGCCACAGCUGCCCCAGGCUCCGUGCGAGCAUCCCAAAUCCCUCACUGACAACUACAACAAGCUCCUGAAGCUGGACCGAGAGCAAGGGGUCGUGGUGGUGUGUGGAUCAGUGUAUCAAGGCUUCUGUGAGCUCCGAAAAAUGGAGAAUAUUUCGGAGAUAGCGGUGGAGUUCCCACCGCAGGGCGAGAAGACGGUUUUCCCCAGCAUGCUUAACAUAGCUGCCAAUCACCCAAACGCCUCCACUGUCGGGCUCAUCUUCAAGAGCCACGGGGGAAGCACCCGACUUCUUGUCGGGGCCACUUACACAGGGGCUGGUACCCAGUUUUUCCCAAAGAACCACAGCAAGGAGGACCUGCGCUUUGAAAACACCCCGGAGAUCGCCAUCCGCGCCUUGAACAUCAAUGAUUUAUCCCGACUUUUCACCUAUGACAUUAACCCUUCAGAGGAUAACGUAUUCAAGAUCAAACAAGAGGUUAAAACCAAAAACAAGCUGAACUUCGUCCACGCUUUCAUCCAGAAGGCUUAUUCCUACAUCGCCUUCAAUAACGAUGCGAAAAUGGGCCACAAGGAGAGCCAGCCCAACAGCAUCCUCGCCAGGAUAUGUCUGGAUACCGAGAAAAACCGAAAACCCUCCGGGCCAGAGAGCAGGAAGCUCACUGAGUCCUACAUCCAGAUGCCUCUACAGUGUGGAUUUAACGGGAACAUUUACAACCGGCUGCUGUCCGUGUACCCCGCGGAGAUCCACACAGGCGACGGGACGAGCCUAGAGCCGUACCUGUUUGGAGUGUUCUCCAAGGGGGACAGAAAGUCCGCUCUGUGCGCCUUCAAGUUUGGAGACAUCGAGGAGGAGAUUCGACAAGGCCGCAGGAACUGCUCCAACUCUCCCAGCAGCGACGUUCAGGUGCUGGACAGCGUUAUCCAGGGCUCUGGGGCAGCCUGCAUUCAGAAGGGAAACCUAGUGUUGCAGCCCGAGCAGCUGGACUGCGGUGCGGCCCACCUACAGCAUCCUCUUGCUCUACGGAGGCCCCUGAGGGCCAUUCCUCUGGUUGAAUAUACAGCUCUCAGUUCAGUCUCUGUGGAUGACGUGCACAAUCACACUGUGGUUUUUCUGGGAACCAGUAAUGGGCGACUUCGUAAGCUGACCCUCUUGGCGAACAUGACCCUGGCCAAUCAGUGGACACUGAAGCUGCCAGCCAGCGAAGCGGUCCACCACAUCAUGACCUUCGACCCCAACGAUAGCAACUUCCUUUAUCUCAUGACCUCUCGCCAUAUGCUCAGGGUGAAAGUGGCAGACUGUGACCAGUGGAGGAGCUGCAGUGACUGUCUGGGAGCAGGCGACGCCCACUGUGGCUGGUGUACUCUGGAGAACCGCUGUACCAUCCAGAAGGAGUGUGCUCAGGGGCUGUUGGCACGCUCCUGGAUCCGCAUUGGUGAAGGCCUGCAGCAGUGUCCAUCCAUGACCCUGACACCCUCAGAGAUUAGCGUCUCUGCAGACAUCAAGGAUGUCGGCAUUCUGAUAAAUGGUAGUGUUCCUGAUCUGGUUGGCUCCCGGGUGGAGUGUGAAUAUGGGCCGGGUGUUUCUACAGCUGCCACCGUGCACCUGGACUAUGGUCUCACUCUGAUCCAGACCUGUCCCCUGCUUCCUCGACAAAACUACCAACCCAUCCUCCCUGGCACAGAUCACCUGACUGUUUCUGUGGCGAUAAAAGUGAAUGGCACAUCUGUGGUAUCUGGGAGCUUCAUCAUCUAUGACUGCGAGAGGACUGGAGCAAUACACCCCAAGACACCAAAGGGCCGAGCGAUCUGGAGCUGGUGCCGGAGGAAUACUCAGUGAUGAUUGGCUCCUAUCCCUGUAACAUCAGCUUCCAUAACGACCAGCUGUUCCACUGCACCAUCAACGGACUGCUGGGCUCCAGUGAGAGUGAGCUGCCUGUCACUGUGCAAGUGGGGAACUUCCGCCACACCAUCGCCAAAGUCCAGCUUGGCGGCAGCGAGCUGGCCAUCGUGGUAUCCAUUGUGGUAUGCUGUGUGCUGCUGCUGCUGUGCACUGUGGCCCUUGUAGUGUACUGCACAAAGAGCCGAAGGGCAGAACGCUACUGGCAGAAAACUCUACUCCAAAUGGAGGAGAUGGAGUCCCAGAUCAGAGAGGAGAUCCGUAAAGGCUUUGCAGAGCUGCAGACGGACAUGACGGACCUGACCAAGGAGUUGAAUCGCAGCCAGGGCAUCCCGUUUUUGGAGUACAAACAGUUUGUCACACGCACGUUUUUCCCCAAGAUGUGUUCAGAUUACGAGAAGAGUCUGGUCCAGCCCGCCUACGAGAAUGAUGGCCUGGGCCCUCGAGCGCUGCCAGAGACUCACCCGCUUCUGCAGGACUGGCAGGCCACCAACACAACCAGGCCGAACAUAGAGGAGGGGAUCACUCUCUUUGCCACUCUUCUCAAUAACAAACACUUCCUGAUCACGUUUGUCCACGCCUUGGAACAGCAGAAGGACUUUGCUAUACGAGACAGAUGCAGCCUGGCGUCUCUGCUCACCAUUGCCCUUCAUGGUAAACUAGAGUACUACACCAGUAUCAUGAAAGAUCUGCUGGUGGACCUAAUUGAUGCUUCGGCUUCCAAGAACCCCAAACUGAUGCUGCGCCGCACUGAGUCUGUUGUGGAGAAAAUGCUGACUAACUGGAUGUCCAUCUGCAUGUACAGCUACCUCAAGGAAACAGUGGGUGAGCCCUUCUUCCUUCUGCUGUGUGCAAUCAAGCAGCAGAUCAACAAGGGCUCCAUAGACGCCAUCACAGGGAAGGCCCGCUACACGCUCAAUGAGGAGUGGCUGCUCCGCGAGAAUGUCGAGGCCAAGCCACAGAACAUCAACGUGUCCUUCCAGGGCUGUGGCAUGGACUCACUGUCUGUCAGGGUCAUGAAUACAGACACAAUUGGCCAGGUGAAGGAAAAAAUCCUAGAGGUCUUUUAUAAAAACCUGCCAUUCUCCCAGUGGCCCCGAGCAGAGGAUGUAGACCUGGAAUGGUUUGACUCUGGCAGCAACAGUAAGCUCCUGCAGGACUUGGAUAACUCCUCAGUGAUGGAAGAUGGCAGGAAGAAACUCAACACAGUCUUCCAUUACCAGAUCCCAGAGGGUGCGUCGCUGGCUAUGAGCAUGAAAGACAAGAGAGACAACACCCUGGGGAGAGUUAAAGAUCUGGAUACAGAGAAGUACGUCCACUUGGUCCUACCUCAUGAUGAGCUAAAUGAGAACAAGAGGUCACACAGGCAGAGCCACCGGAAGAAGGUCCUGCCUGAAAUCUACCUGACACGCCUGCUGUCCACCAAGGGAACUCUUCAGAAGUUCUUGGAUGACCUCUUUCAAGCCAUCCUCAGCAUCCCUCCGGACCGCCCCCCACUGGCUGUCAAAUACUUCUUUGACUUCCUGGAGGAGCAGGCUGACAAACGGGGCAUCACAGAUCCAGACACGCUGCACAUCUGGAAAACCAACAGUUUACCUCUGCGUUUCUGGGUGAACAUCUUGAAGAAUCCUCAGUUUGUGUUUGACAUUGAUAAGACGGAUCACAUGGACGCCUGUCUGUCUGUCAUUGCCCAGGCCUUCAUAGAUGCCUGCUCCAUUUCUGACCUGCAGCUUGGCAAGGACUCCCCUACCAACAAGCUGCUGUAUGCCAAGGAGAUCCCUGAGUACAAGAAGAGAGUGCAGGGCUACUACCAGCAGAUACAGGAAAUGGCACCUCUCAGCGAGCAGGAAAUGAACGCUCACCUGGCUGAGGAGUCACGGAAAUACAGAAAUGAAUUCAACACCAACCUGGCCUUGACAGAAAUCUACAAAUACGCCAAGAGAUACAGAAAUCAGGUGGUGAGCGCUCUGGAGUCUAACCCCACGGCACGUCGCACUCAGCUGCACCACAAAUUCGAGCAGGUCAUUGCCCUUGUGGAGGACAACAUCUACGAGUGCUGCAGUGAAGCCUGAUCCUGCCAGUGUCUUUUCUACUAGCCACCUCUUUCUCCUGCUGACAGCUGCCUUUCUCCUGCCUACAUAGUUACUUGGGAAUGUCGGCCCCUACGGAGUAAGCCUUCAGAAGUGUCAUUAUUAAUACCACAGGAAGAAGCGUGAAAUGUGGCAGAGCAAAGGACUUAAAGACUUAAACCUGCCUGUCAAGCGUCGUGCAUUUGCAAGGUGUUCCUCCUCUGAUCUGGGAAUGUCAAGCACAUUUCCCCAAAUCUUUCCCCUAUGACACGGACAGAAUUCCAGUCUGGCUCAGCUAUGCUUUUGAGGGAAGGUGUAGGAGCUUGGUGAUGAGGCUUUUUUUUCUGGAUGUCUUUACAGUUACUGGGACCUACAAUAAGCCCUGGUGGCAAUCUUAACGCACUGAACCCUUUUCUUAAGGGAACGAGCCAAUGAUGCACUGUACUGUAUUAUAAUUGUCCAUAGCAAUAUUUAUAGAUGUGUUAUAAUGCUUUCACGUGGCCUGUUCACCAGGAUGAGUCGGAAUGACUGCGAUAAACUCCUCCCAUCUCCUAAAAGCCUGCAAUGUUCUCAGGUGUGAUUGGUGAAGAUGGCUGACACGCACCCAUCGGUGCUUUGAACAAUACGUCCCAGUGCUUUGCGGGUUGAUGAUGGGUUGAGGAGGAGUGGAGAGAGGAAUAUAAAUGACAGAAAUUUAUGAAAUCAGCUGUAAUGUAGUUCACUGGGAAGAGCUGCAUCAUUAUAGAAGUGUUGAUCAGUGUGGUUGUAAAUGAAUGAAUUUCAUGGUGGAUUCUGACCAAUUUCAAAGAGGGAAAUUUGCAUUUAUGAGAAAAAGUGAGCUCAAUAUAAUCUGAAGAGAGACUGUAUUUGUGAUGCCAAAUGACUUGUCAGAGUUUGUGAAAUAAAUUACAGUAUUUAGGAUUUGA